UCUGCCUGUGGCGUGCCGUCCGCACUAGACCGCCGCACCUCUGCCGAGCAUGGCCGCGGUCCGUCUGCUCCUGCUCCUGGCGGCGUCGGCCGUCGGACGCCACCUGGUCGCCGAGGACGCUGGUCCGGACGCCGAGGACGACCAGGUGCACCCCGAGGAGCUGAACCCGACGCUCACCGACGACGGCCUGACCCUGUUCGAGUCGGACAUCGUGCUGCCGGAUGCCGUUGACCGGCGGGCGCUCGUGAGCAAGCUGUGGCCGCUGGGCGAGGCGGUGCCGUUCGUGGUGACGCCAGAGGCGGAGGAGCGGCGCGGCAGCAUCGAAAAUGCCAUCAAUCACCUGCAGGACGUCACCUGCUUGACGUUCCGGGAGGAGCCGGUCGAUUUCGCAACGGCGCCACAUCUACGCUUUAUCAACGGUAAAGGCUGCUAUUCGUUCGUCGGUCAGUUGAGCAAAAAGCUCAGCGGCCAGGUGGUCUCGAUCGGUAAGGGCUGCGGCUCCCUGACGACGGUGGCGCACGAGAUCAGUCAUUCGCUCGGCUUCUUCCACGAACAGUCACGACCCGACCGUGACCAGCAUGUCGAGGUCAUGCGGGACAACAUCAAGAAGGGGUACGAGGCCAAUUUCAAUAUGAAGGAAAAGGCCGACACGCUCGGCGUCGAGUACGACCUACAAUCUAUCAUGCACUACGCCAAGUUCGCCUUCUCCUUUACCGGUCAGCCAACACUGCGCGCCGUGGACCCGUUGCAGGAGCAUUUGGUGGGACGGCGCAUUGGGAAGAUGACCCACCGUGACCGCGCAGUCACCAACAUCGCGUACGAAUGCGCCGCCCACUGCACCGAGCCGCCCGCCUGCCAAAACGAAGGCUACGUGGACAAGUUCUGCAAGUGCGUGUGCCCAGACGGUGUGCAAGGCGAGCUUUGCGAGGAUGUGCCGGACGACUACAGCUACUACGGUCCGAUGUGCGGCAACGCCAACAUCACGAUGCCCGGCGUGGUCACCUCCCCCGGUUACCCUGACUCGAUGGAGAAGAACCGCGACUGCUACUGGCUGAUGACGGCGCCGAGCGGUUUCGCCGUCCGCCUCACAAUCACCGACGUCUCGAUGAACGACUACCCCAACUGCAAGCGCGACCGGAUGUCGAUCCGGCUGGAGGGAAACCUGCGCGACGAGGCCGAGUCCGACUGCAACACGCGCCUCACCGGCCGCUCCUUCGUCUCGGUCGGCAACCGGCUCCUGGCGUACUUCCGCACGCGCGGCAGUUCCCGCCGCGCUCGACGCUUCAGCGGGCUGGUUGAGUUCGUGCCGGAAGUGUAGGUCACGGAGUGCAAUCGAAGCACGUCAGGGACGGAGAGACGGCUCCUUCACUCAAGACAGCUGCAGUAGGUGGUCCUGACUGACCUGGCACCACCGACUCGCAGCCAGCUGUUUACUGAUUUUGCUUACGAAUAUGGUCGUACUGUGAUUGGUAAUCGCUUGAAGUUUGUCUUGCUGGUUUAUUGAUGUCUGCUUUUAUUGAGUUGCUCCAAAUAUCAGGCAGGGAAUAUCACCACGCUGCAAAGUGACCAGAGAAUUCCGAUCCAGCGGGGCUAGAGUGACUUCAUAAAAACACAAAUAUAAUUAAACCCAUUCUCAUGACUGACGUGAGGAGACCGCUUAGUUUUGUGGGUAUAUGGGUGUGGUCUUCUUUAUGUUCCGUCUCGAAUACAUGGCAUUCGUGUG